AUGGCUUCUGGAAAUGGUUCUUUUGUGACAGAUUUCAUUUUGGUGGGAUUAACAGACCAGCCAGUUCUUCAACUCCCCUUGUUCUUCCUGUUUCUAGCAAUGUAUAUAGUCACUGUGUUAGGGAAUUUGGGUUUCAUAAUUUUAAUUGGGCUGAAUUCACAUUUACACACCCCCAUGUACUUUUUCCUCUUUAAUUUGUCCUUCAUAGAUUUCUUUUAUUCUUCUGUUUUCACACCCAAAAUGUUGAUUGACUUCAUAUCUGAGAAAAAUAUUAUUUCCUACAUGGGGUGCCUGACUCAAUUUUACUUUUUGAGCUUUUUUGGUAUUUCUGAAUGCUACGUGCUGUCAUCAAUGGCCUAUGAUCGCUAUGUGGCCAUCUGUAAACCACUUUUGUAUAAUGUUGCCAUGUCCCCUAAAAUGUGUUCGAGCCUCAUGCUUGGUUCAUACUUGAUGGCAUUUUCUGGUGCCAUGGCCCACACUGGAUGCAUGCUGAGACUGACCUUCUGUGAUGCAAACACCAUCAACCAUUAUUUAUGUGACAUUCUCCCUCUGCUCCAGCUCUCCUGCACAAGCACCUACGUCAAUGAGCUGGUUGUUUUCAUUGUGGUGGGCAUCCAUGUCAUUGUGCCCAGUAUCACCAUCUUUGUCUCUUAUGGUUUCAUCCUCUCCAGCAUCCUCCACAUCAGCUCCACAGAGGGCAGGUCCAAAGCCUUUGGCACCUGCGGUUCCCACAUAAUUGCUGUUUGUCUGUUCUUUGGAUCAAGUGCAUUUACAUAUCUCAAACCAACUUCUUCUAUGUCUACGGAUGAGGGAAAAAUCUCUUCUGUCUUUUACACCAAUACGGUUCCCUUGAUGAACCCCCUAAUUUAUAGCUUGAGGAAUAAAGAUGUUAAACUUGCUCUGAGAAAAACCCUGAGUAGGUGA